AUGGCUUCCAAGCUCAACGACCCUACGCUCCUCAAGACGUCCUGCUACGUCAACGGCCAAUGGGUCGCUGCAAAGUCUGGCAAGGUCUUUGCUGUCGAGAACCCCUCGACCCUUGAAGAGGUGGCGAGAUGCCCCGAGUUUGACGGACAGGACACCGAGGCCGCCAUCGCAGCAGCCGCCGCCGCAUUCAAGACCUUCCGCAAGACCCCGGCGCGGCAGCGGGCCCGCCUGCUCCGCCGCUGGUACGAUCUCAUGAUCGAGAACGCCGAGGACAUUGCCCGUCUUAUUACUCUUGAGAACGGCAAGCCUCUGUCUGAUGGCAAGACUGAAGCUAUCUACGCUGCCAACUUCUUUGAGUGGUUCUCCGAGGAGGCCCCUCGAAUCUACGGCGAGACAAUCGAGGCCAGCAACCCAUCAUGCCGUCUGUCUACUGUGAAGCAGCCCGUGGGCGUCUGCGGUCUCAUCUGCCCGUGGAACUUUCCCGCUGCCAUGAUCACCCGUAAGGCCGGUCCUGCUCUCGCUGCUGGCUGCACCGUCGUCGUCAAGGCUCCCGCUGAGGCUCCCCUGACGGCUCUCGCCCUCGCUGAGUUGGCGCACCGUGCUGGCAUUCCCGCCGGUGUGGUCAACAUCAUCACUGCGCUGGACAACACGGCCGAGGUUGGCAAGGUCAUCACCACGCAUCCCGAUGUUAAGAAGGUGUCCUUCACCGGAUCGACCGGCGUGGGCAGAAUCCUGAUGAACCAGUCCUCAUCGACCAUCAAGAAGCUGUCUUUCGAGCUGGGCGGAAACGCCCCUUUUAUUGUUUUUGAGGAUGCGGAUCUGGACAAGGCAGUCAAGGGUCUGAUCGCCUGCAAGUUCCGCUGCUCAGGCCAGACUUGCGUCUGCGCUAACCGCAUUCUCGUGCACCGCAGCGUCUACGACAAAUUCGUCCAGAUGGUGCUCGACGUCGUCAAGACCUUUGUUGUUGGCGACGGCUUUGGUGAGAAGACGACUCACGGCCCUCUCAUUCACGGUCGUGCUGUGUCCAAGGUCGCCGAGCACGUUGAGGAUGCCAUCUCCAAGGGCGCCAAGCUGGUUCAUGGCGGCAAGCCCCUGCCGCAGCUGGGCCCCAACUACUUUGAUCUCACCAUGCUUACGGGUAUGAAGCCCGGAAUGAAGAUCUGUGAUGAGGAGACUUUCGGUCCCGUGGCGGCCUUCUUUGCUUUUGACACUGAGGAGGAGGCUAUCGCGAUUGCCAACGACACCGAUGUUGGUCUCGGAGGCUACUUUUUCAGCAACGACGUGAACCGAUGCUACCGAGUGGCUGAGGCUCUGGAAGUCGGCAUGGUUGGUGUCAACGUUGGUGUGCUAAGCGACCCUGCGGCGCCCUUUGGUGGUGUCAAGCAGAGCGGUUUCGGCCGUGAGGGAAGCAAGUAUGGCAUUGACGAGUUCACGGUGACCAAGAUGGUUAUGACAGGUAUUGAUGUAUAG